CCUCCCAUUUUCUCUUCUUCUUUCCCAUAACAAUCAUUUUUGCUGCCUUUCUUUCUUUCUUCUUUCCUCCAUGAUCAUUCUCUUCUUUGUUACUUCGCCACCUCUUAUUUCCACGCAAAGAACCCAAGAUUCCUCUUGUUUCCACCUCUUUUAAUCUUCCGUUACAGUGAAAUUUUGUUCUCUAGAAAGAGACACUCUCUGUGUCCGAAUUUAGACGUCCCCAUCUUCAAAGAUGGGUAGGGUUAAGCUGAAGAUAAAACGACUUGAGAGCACAGGGAACAGGCAAGUUACAUACUCGAAGCGUAAAAGUGGGAUAUUGAAGAAAGCCAAAGAGUUAUCUAUCUUGUGUGAUAUUGAUAUUGUGCUUCUUAUGUUUUCUCCUACCGGCAAGCCUACCGUUUUCCAUGGUGAACACAGUUGCAUUGAAGAGGUUAUUUCUAAGUUUGCGCAGUUAACUCCACAAGAAAGGACAAAAAGAAAAUUGGAGAGCCUUGAGGCAUUAAAGAAGACUUUUAAGAAGCUUGAUCAUGAUGUAAAUAUACAUGAGUUUUUAGGAGCAAGGAAUCAAACUAUUGAGGGUCUGAGUAAUCAAGUAGCAAUUUUCCAAGCUCAGCUUAUGGAGUGUCAUAGAAGGCUAAGUUGUUGGACAAACAUCAAUAGAAUAGAAAACACUGAGCACCUCAAUUUGUUGGAAGAAUCAUUGAGGAAAUCCAUUGAAAGAAUCCAGAUUCACAAGGAACAUUACAGAAACAGCCAACUUAUGCCAAUAGAAUGUACAACCACACAGUUUCACAGCGGGAUACAGUUACCUUUGGAGAUGGGAGGUAAUAGUAGUAGUAUGCAAGAAGCUCACCCCAUGUCUUGGCUUCCUGAUAAUGAUAACCAACAAACAAUCUUACCUGGUGAUUCCAGUUUUCUUCCUCAUAGAGAGAUGGAUGGUUCGAUUCCUGUUUACUCAAACUGUUUCUUUGAGUCUGUAAAACAAGAAGAUCAGAUAUGCAACAACCCUGGACAAACAUUUGAGCAGUUAGAACAGCAAGGAAAUGGUUGUUUGGGUUUACAACAAAUUGGGGAAGAAUAUUCAUAUCCUACAUCAUUUGGUACUAGUCUUGGAAUGGAAGAAGAUCAAGAGAAGAAAAUAAAAUCUGAAAUGGAAUUGAACAACUUGCAACAACAACAACAACAAGAUCCUUCUUCAGUGUAUGAUCCAAGGGCUAAUAAUGGUGGCUGCUUUCAAAUCCCUCAUGAUCAAUCCAUGUUUGCCACCGAUCAUCAGCAUCAUCAUCAUCAUCAAAAUUGGGUUCCAGAUUCAAUGUUGGGUCAGACUUCUUACAGCCAGCAACCAAACUAACUUAAGGAUGAUUGGACUUGCUUUUGAACAAGGACGAGUUUAAGUCAUUUCUAUAAUGUCUAGUAUAUAUAUAUAGAGAGAGAGAGAGUGUGUGUGUUUGUGUACAAGUAUUUGUAUUAUGAGAGCUUGUGUCAUACCACGGGG